AUGGCAAACGUAACUAAAAAACGUAUAGCUAUCAUUGGUGCUGGCCCAAGUGGUUUAUCGCAAUUGAUUGCUUUCAAACAAGCCGAACAAGAACAACGUGUCGAGUUGGUCUGUUUUGAAAGACAAGCAGAAUGGGGUGGUCUAUGGCAAUAUACUGCUCUAGUAGGUACAUAUUCUUGUGGCGAACCUAUCCAUUCAAGCAUGUAUCGACAAUUGUGGUCAAAUGGUCCUAAAGAAUUACUUGAAUAUGCUGAUUAUUCAUUUGAGCAACACUUUGGUCGCUCUAUUACAUCUUAUCCACCACGUGCUAUUUUAUAUGAUUAUAUAAUUGGUCGAGCUGCAGCAGCCGAUGUUCGCAAAUUUAUUCAUUUUCGAACGACUGUACGUCAUGUUGAUUUUGAUGAUAAUACACAGCAAUUUCAUGUCACUGUUCAAGAUCUUCUCGCUAAUGAAUUACAGAAGGAUUUAAUAUUCGACCAUGUAAUAGUAGCUACUGGGCAUUAUACAAUACCUAAUAUGCCUGACUUCGAAGGCCUUUCUACAUUUCCAGGACGAGUUCUACAUUCACAUGAUUAUCGUGGCGCUGAUGAAUUUGUUGGUAAGAAUCUAUUGAUUAUUGGCGGUAGCUAUUCGGCUGAAGAUAUAGCUAUACAAUGUUACAAAUUUGGUGCUGGUUCUAUUACAAUAAGUUAUCGUUCAUGUCCCAUGGCAUUUAAAUGGCCCGAGGCUAUAAAAGAAGUUCCUCUAUUACAACGAAUUGAUGGACACACUGCAUAUUUUAAAGAUGGAACAAGUGUUGAUAAUAUCGAUUGCGUAAUUUUAUGUACUGGCUAUCGACAUAAUCAUUCUUAUAUGGCUGAGCCUCUUCGUUUUCAAUGUACAAGCAAUCUUUAUAUACCCAACAAUCUUUAUAAAGGUAUAUUUUGGUCUGCUGAGCCUCGCCUUGCUUAUUUAGGUAUGCAAAAUCAACUAUAUACUUUAAAUAUGUUCGAUAUUCAGGCUGCGCUUGUACGUGAUGUUUUUCUUGAUACAGUUAAAUUACCAGAUGAUGAUGAUAAAAAACGCCAAGAAGAUAUUGCUAAAUGGCAAGCACGUGAAAAGACACUUUCUCCAGAGGAUCAUGAAGGUUUUAGUGAUCUUCAAACAGAUUAUCUAGACGAUGUUACAAGCUGUUGUGAUCAAAAUACGGUACCCAAAUUUGAUCUUCAACGAGUAAAUGCUGGAUUCUAUAAAUUUUUCCAUGAUAAAAAAGAAAACCUUAUAACCUAUCGUGAUCAAACAUUCACUUCGAUUUUUCCUCCAUUUAAAGAAGCCUCAACAUCUAAAAUACAAUGGAUUAAUAAUAAGGAUGAUUCGAUUCAAGGAUAUCUCGCAUCCAUCACAACUGCAUAA